AUGACAAACAGUGAGGGAAGUCGCGCUUCACAGAGGAGAAUGGUUGAGGGUGAAUCAAGCAAUGCAAGGGAGAGAAGGCUUAAAAUGCAAGCCGAUUUGGCGGCAAUGACUCAAAGGAUGGAAGAGUCUGAUGCAGAGGAGUAUAGAGGAGCAAGGGGAGUGAGAUUGAGUGAGAGAGAGGAGGGUAAUGGCUAUCCAAGUGAAGAAGGAAGUGAUGAGUGUGAGAGUGAAGAGGAAGGAGAAGAGGUGAAUCAGUUGGUUGAUGAGAGUGAGCAAGAGAGUAACCAAGGUGAACCUAUGGAGGAGGUUGAGCCACAAGAGGAGGAAGAAGAACUCCCUAUGUACCAAGAGCACUACAAUGCUCUCUUCUCCAUGGACUUUGUGGAGACCAAGUACCCACAUGUUGACACAAUGAAGGCCCUUGGAAUCUUUGAAGAUGUGGAGCUAGUUCUCAAGAACAUGCACUUGGGAAGGUUUUUGUCUCAUCACAUGGAAUCCUACAAAGAGCUCACUUGUGAGUUCUUGGCUUCAAUGAGGUACCACUUGUACGAUGAGGAGGAUAGAGCUGAUUUGGACCAAGGAUUGGGAUGGAUCACGUUCUUGGCUAAGGGAGAGAAGAGAAUGGUGACCUUUAGGCAGUUGGAGAUCUUAUUUGGGUUCAACUAUGGAGAAGGUCUAAGGCUCCUCAAGGCCAACACAGGAAACUUUAUGCCUUUCCUUGAUCACCUCACCACCUACAAGACCACAGCCUACAACACUCGAUAUCAACAAGGGAGACGCCUAAGUGUUGGAGGGCUCAUCACUCCUAUCUUGUGUGCUGCUGGAGUGAACCCAACUGAUAAGAGAGCCACUGAACCAGGUUGGAUGGACAUCAAGUUUUGCAAGACCAACCUCCUCAUUGAGCACAAGGAGUUGGAUGGGAGUUCCAAUUCAAGUUCACACAUCCAUUGGCUGGCCCUUCCAAGCUUCUCCUGCCCAACCCUGAGCUCACCACAGUAG